CAUCAUCAUGGAUCAUUACUCCAAGUACUUGAUGUGGAUCAGGUCGACUAACAAGAACAAGGUUCACCAAGAAGCCUUUUCUGAAUUAGAUAGGGCGCCAUUUGGAGGAUCAGGAAGAGAACUUGUAUGGCCACCCAGAUCCUAUUCAUGUGGGUUUUGUACUAGACAGUUCAGGUCUGCCCAAGCCCUAGGAGGUCACAUGAAUGUUCACAGAAGGGAUAGAGCUAGACUCAAGCACCAAGAUCAAGAUCAAGAUCUUGAUCAAGAACCACCAGCUGCGGCGCCUACCCAACUGUUGCUUACUACCUUUAUAAGCCAAACCCCAGCUCAUGAUCAUUCUUCUUCUUCUAAUUCUUCCAAUAAUUCCUCUAGGACUUCGUCUGACAAAUUAGAGGCUGGUAAUAACUUGUGCAUUGGAUUGAGUUUGGAUGGUAAUUAUGGGUGCAAGAGAGUGAAACUCAUGAAUAGUACUGUAAUACCCACAUUGCCUUUAUUUCUACAGACAUGUUCAAGAUCAAGUCAGACCACCGACUGUGGUGGUACUGCUAUUAGGGUGGCCGGUGGCUCCUUCAUGGAAGAUAAUUUGGAUCUUGAGCUCAGGCUUGGUAGUAGUAGUUCCUGCUAGAACAUUUUCCAUCUUCUACUUGUCCUUAAUUUCAAUGAGAUCAAAAUGAUCAUCAAUUAAUGCAAUUUCUUUUCAUGAAAUAUGGUUACAAUAAAUUCAU